AUGUCAUCUCCCGCUAAUGAUUAUUUCAUUGAUUAUAACCCACUUUUUCCAAUUUUUGCUACAAGAAUAUCAAGAGGCCUUGCCAUUUACAGAGUCUCAGAUCACGCUAAACUCGCGGUAAUUCCCAUAAGAAAUAUAAAUUUGGUGGCAAAUUACAAUUGGGAUACAACUACUGGUAAAUUCUUGUCCAUUUUUUUUAAGGAUGGGACAAUCAGAAUCCAUGAUAUUUUUAAAGAUGGUCGAUUAGUUUCAUUCCUAAGAAUACCGAGUACAAAAAUAUCGAAAGGUAUAUGGGACCGAAUUCCUUUAAAAUACGAAUCAAGUAACCGAAAUUUUGCAUGCAAUAUUAUUGAUGAUUUACCAAAGCUAAUAAGAUUUGUAAAGGAUUCCAAAAGGAUAAACAUUGUCCCUUACACUCCACCGAAUAGCUUAUGGAGAGGUCCAGAUGAGGAUGAUCCAGAAAGUAAUGAAAAACUAGACGUUCACGUAAUAUUUAAUGAAGGAAAUGAUAAAAUCACUUUCUUUUUUAAUGGUGAUUACGCUGUUUUCCUGUCAGUGUAUGAUAUUGAGAAAGAAAAGUUCCUAAAAUCGAUUGUUAAGGUGCAAGGUGGCUUUUACCAAUGCUUUUAUGAGGAUGGAACCGUACGAACUUUAAAUUUAGCACCACUAUUACAGAGCAAAUCAUCAGUGAACCUGCUGAAUUAUAUAAUGGUAAUAAAAGAGCUUAUAGGUUACGUGCUCACUCACCUCGAGUUCAUUAACCGGGAACUAAUAACACCUUAUUUGGACUUUGUCAAGAGAUUGUGUGAUGAAGCCUAUGGAUAUAGCAAACUGAAAUCGGAGUUAGAAGCGCUGUUUUUACUUGGAGAGAUCUCCUGUGAUUUGGAGGACUGGCUAUGCAACUCAGUGGGUGAAAAGAACUUAAAAAGGUGGAAGUUUGUGGGUUGCGAAGCCUACCAAAAAACUGUUCAGGUUCUAACUUUGAUAUUCGUACCUGCAUGCGAGAGAAUCAUUAUUUUUGUAGAGAAAUUAAGGGCCAUAUUAGAAGCUUUCUCUAUACAGAAUAAGUUUAGUCAUACAUCAGAUUUGACAGCUGUUGAAGCUCUUCUGAAAAAUUCGCAGAAAUUGUUAACUAUUACCUUAAAGUCAAUAAUAGGCUUGGGAAAGGAUGAAAUACUUUUUGAGAAGUUUUUCAUAUGGUUUAACGAUAGAAUCCAUGAAGCGCUGGACGAAGACUACAAACUGAAAUUUAAAUUCGAAGACGACCCUUACUUUGGGUAUGAUUUGCUAACUUACUUUGACAGAAUUUUAUCCAGAAAAAGUACAGAAUCCAACUCAUUAAUCAACGUGAAAUCUUAUAGAGAUCUAAUUAAUAGCAUGUCUGAUAUGGAAAAAGAGAUUUCGCAGACUAACGUUAAUUCUCAUAUUCAACAACACAUUCUGGUUAAAUCAAGGGCGGAAGUUUAUUCGCAAAAAUAUCCAUCCUCGCAAAUAAAUAUGCUUGAUGCCUUAAAAUUACCUAAGCAUAAUUACAUAGUUUACCUUAUUCAGGUAUCAAAACAAAAUAAUGGUCAAGAUGCCUUUUCAGAAGAAAGCAAACAGAAACUAUAUAUAGGUACUCUGAAGGAUGACAAUUUAGGCAUUAUAUCAAGAGAAUCUUCAGUUAAGAUUCCGGAGCCAUUUAAGAACUAUAGCUUGGGCAGUGCAAGGUUUGUGCUGAAAAGGGUCCCGAACUUGCUUCGGGAAACUGAACUGGCGAAUACUAGCUAUAAUAGUAGUAACAUUACCGAAUAUAGGGGAGAAGAUGACGACAAUGAGGAAGAUGACGGCACAAUAACCAUUCCUGUUUAUAUCACCGAGAAUGAGGAAAAUGAUGAUUUCGUGGCAUGCACCGCGAAGAUAUCGGUGGAUGGAAGAAGCGCAUCUCUAGUAUUUCCAAAAGAAAAACGAAUUUUGUGA